GCAGGGGGAAAAGCAGUAGGAAGUUGCUGCUGGGGUCCGGCUUGGAGCUACACAGUCAAGAGCAGCCCUGUAUGACCCGACUCUGAAACAAAGAGGCCCAAAGAGUCUACAUGUCUAAUAUUUAGACAUGUUCAGCUUUGUGGAUUCUCGGUUACUGCUGUUGAUAGCAGCGACUGUGCUACUCACCCGCGGGCAAGGAGAAGAAGACAUCCAAACCGGGAGCUGUGUACAGGAUGGACUAACAUACAAUGACAAGGACGUGUGGAAACCCGAGCCCUGCCAGAUCUGCGUGUGCGACAGCGGCAACAUCCUGUGCGACGAGGUGAUCUGCGAGGACACCUCCGACUGCCCCAACGCCGAGAUCCCCUUCGGAGAAUGCUGCCCCAUCUGCCCCGAGAGCCACGCUCCCUCUACCUACUCGGAGAGCACAGGAGUAGAGGGUCCUAAGGGAGACACCGGCCCCAGAGGAGACAGGGGACUCCCCGGCCCCCCUGGCAGAGAUGGCAUCCCCGGACAGCCCGGCCUCCCAGGACCCCCCGGCCCCCCUGGUCCCCCUGGCCUCGGCGGGAACUUUGCUCCUCAAAUGUCUUACGGAUACGACGAGAAAGCUGGCGGCAUGCCCGUGCCCGGACCCAUGGGUCCAGCUGGUCCCCGCGGUCUCCCCGGCCCUCCCGGCGCUCCCGGCCCUCAAGGUUUCCAAGGUCCCCCUGGUGAGCCUGGAGAGCCUGGUGCUUCUGGUCCUAUGGGUCCUCGUGGUCCAGCCGGCCCCCCUGGCAAGAACGGAGAUGAUGGUGAAGCUGGAAAGCCCGGCCGUCCCGGUGAGCGCGGUCCUCCUGGACCCCAGGGUGCACGUGGUCUCCCCGGAACUGCUGGCCUGCCAGGCAUGAAGGGUCACAGAGGUUUCAGUGGUCUGGAUGGUGCCAAGGGUGAGCCCGGUCCAGCUGGCCCCAAGGGUGAGCCUGGUAGCCCCGGUGAGAAUGGCGCUCCUGGACAGAUGGGUCCUCGUGGUCUUCCCGGCGAGAGAGGCCGCCCCGGUCCAUCCGGCCCUGCUGUGAGUAGCCCUUCUGCACCUUUGGGCAGGCCUGAGCAUCCCUCCUCGGGCUGCCCUGCCCUCGGCAUGCAGGGUCCAACUGGCCCAGCUGGUCCCCCUGGCUUCCCCGGUGCUGCUGGUGCUAAGGGUGAAACUGGUCCCCAGGGCGCUCGCGGUAGCGAAGGCCCUCAAGGUGCACGUGGUGAGCCUGGUCCUCCUGGCCCUGCUGGUGCUGCUGGUCCUGCUGGUAACCCUGGUGCUGAUGGUCAACCUGGUGCCAAAGGCGCAACUGGUGCUCCUGGCAUUGCUGGUGCUCCUGGCUUCCCCGGUGCUCGUGGUCCCUCUGGACCUCAGGGUCCCAGCGGUGCCCCCGGUCCCAAGGGUAACAGUGGUGAACCCGGUGCUCCAGGCAACAAAGGAGACACUGGUGCAAAAGGCGAACCCGGCCCUGCUGGUGUCCAAGGUCCCCCUGGUCCAGCUGGUGAAGAAGGCAAGAGAGGAGCCCGUGGUGAGCCCGGCCCUGCUGGGCUUCCCGGCCCCGCUGGCGAACGUGGUGCUCCUGGCAGCCGUGGUUUCCCUGGUGCUGAUGGCAUUGCUGGUCCCAAGGGUCCCCCUGGCGAGCGUGGCUCCCCCGGCGCUGUUGGUCCCAAAGGAUCUCCUGGUGAAGCUGGACGCCCUGGGGAACCUGGUCUCCCUGGUGCCAAGGGUCUGACUGGAAGCCCUGGAAGCCCCGGUCCUGAUGGCAAGACUGGUCCCCCUGGCCCCGCUGGUCAAGACGGCCGCCCUGGACCCCCAGGCCCACCCGGAGCCAGAGGCCAAGCUGGUGUCAUGGGUUUCCCUGGACCCAAAGGCGCUGCAGGUGAACCCGGCAAACCUGGCGAGAGAGGUGCUCCUGGUCCCCCCGGUGCUGUUGGUGCUGCUGGCAAAGACGGUGAAGCUGGUGCCCAAGGUCCCCCUGGCCCUACCGGACCCGCUGGAGAGAGAGGUGAACAAGGUCCCGCUGGUGCUCCUGGCUUCCAGGGUCUGCCCGGCCCCGCUGGCCCCCCUGGUGAGGCUGGCAAGCCCGGCGAGCAGGGUGUCCCCGGAGAUGCUGGUGCCCCCGGUCCCGCUGGUGCCAGAGGCGAGAGAGGCUUCCCCGGCGAACGCGGUGUCCAAGGCCCCCCUGGUCCCCAGGGUCCCCGCGGUGCUAAUGGUGCUCCCGGUAACGACGGUGCUAAGGGUGAUGCUGGUGCUCCUGGUGCUCCUGGAAACCAAGGGCCCCCCGGUCUGCAGGGAAUGCCCGGAGAACGUGGUGCUGCCGGCCUGCCAGGCGCCAAGGGUGACAGAGGCGAUCCCGGUCCCAAAGGUGCUGACGGCGCUCCUGGCAAAGACGGACUCCGAGGUCUCACCGGUCCCAUCGGCCCUCCCGGCCCAGCUGGUGCUCCUGGUGACAAGGGUGAAGCUGGUCCCCCUGGCCCUGCUGGUCCCACUGGUGCCCGUGGUGCUCCCGGAGCGGACGGCCAGCCUGGUGCUAAAGGUGAAACUGGUGACGCUGGAGCCAAGGGUGACGCGGGUCCUCCCGGCCCCGCCGGCCCCACUGGUGCUCCUGGCCCUGCCGGUGCUGUUGGUGCUCCCGGUCCCAAAGGUGCUCGUGGCAGCGCUGGACCCCCUGGUGCUACUGGCUUCCCUGGUGCUGCUGGAAGAGUCGGUCCCCCCGGCCCCUCGGUGAGUGUCCCUGUUCCCUGUGCUCCCGGCGCUCCUGGUGCCCCUGGUGCUCCCGGUGCCCCCGGCCCUGUUGGUCCUGCUGGCAAGAACGGAGACCGCGGUGAGACCGGCCCUGCUGGUCCCGCUGGCCCCCCUGGUCCUGCUGGUGCUCGCGGUCCUGCUGGCCCACAAGGUCCCCGUGGUGACAAAGGUGAAACUGGUGAACAAGGUGACAGAGGCAUGAAGGGUCACAGAGGCUUCUCCGGUCUCCAGGGUCCCCCUGGUCCUCCUGGUGCUCCUGGUGAACAAGGACCUUCUGGUGCUUCUGGUCCUGCUGGUCCCCGAGGUCCCCCUGGCUCCGCUGGUGCCGCCGGCAAGGACGGUCUCAACGGGCUCCCUGGCCCCAUCGGCCCACCCGGUCCCCGUGGUCGCACCGGUGACGUCGGCCCUGUCGGUCCCCCCGGCCCUCCCGGCCCCCCAGGUACUCCCGGUCCCCCCAGCGGCGGCUUCGGCUUCAGC